UCUAAACUUCACAAUAGCAGCUCCUGCUUUCCUACUUAUUUCUGUCCUGCAAAUAUGAAGAAAGAAGAUAACCUGGAGGAGCAAAGUCUGCAGCACGGUGAAAUUUCAAAACCCAAAAAAAGACAUUUCAAGAAAUGUGCAAUCCUGGCAAUAUCUGUGUGCUUACUCAUGAUUCUAUCUCUUCUGACGCUGCUGGUGUUUGUGAAGGAUUUCUGGAAGCAGAAACCAGAGAAGGUCUAUGAUGUUGAAUACAAAUUCCUCAGAAACGGAGAGAAGACAACACUCUUGAUGGAGAUUGAUCCCAGGAACAAAAUUGAAACUUUUCGGAUGGAGAACGGCACAGAUAAUGCGGUGGAGAUCCACGACUUUAAGCACGGAAUUACUGGCAUUUACUUCGCUGGAUUGGAAAAAUGCUUUAUUAAGACUCAGAGCAAAGAAAUCCCAGCAGUUGAGGCGACUGAGCUGGAAGUUGAGGAAGGUGAAAUCACCACCACAAUCUAUGAACAGUCCAUGUUCUGGAUCCCCUCUGAGAAUCCUAUAGAGGACACAGAUUUCCUGAAGAAUUCCAAAAUACUGGAGCUCUGUCACAAUAAGUCAGUGCACUGGAUCUUCCCUUCUUCUCCAUCAGCUCCUGAAUUUCAAGAUUUUGAUGAUGGAGAAGACGAUGAGUCAGAAGCAGAACAACAAGUAUUUUCACCUAAAGAUCAAAGAGGCAAAAGGCAGAGCGGCAAACGUCAGUCCAGAUCUCUGACCGAAGAGGACCUACCGGUCAAUGACUAUAGAGAAGUUGGGCUUGACUUCCAUCCAAGUUGGGAUAAUAGAGGCUUCUGCUGCACUCACUGCCGCCGUGGACAGAGAUACUGCCAGAGAGUGUGUGAGCCCCUUUUGGGGUACUACCCCUACCCUUACUGUUACGGCUCAGGUCGUGUGAUCUGCAGAAUAAUUAUGCCCUGUAACUGGUGGGUUGCCCGUAUGCUGGGCAGGGUAUAAACUAUGUGAGCUCUAUAUUAUCUGUAUACAUUUGAUGUGAAGUAAGAACAGUCAUCUUGCAGUCUUGCAUUGUCUCAGAACUACAGCUCCCAUCGUCCAUAUUGUUCAUCAGCCCUUAUAACCUAUACAUUAUGAUCACAAUCCACUAAAUACUGACAUCUAACCAAUCCUGCCCAAAAUUGCACCUUUUACAGGUAGCGAAUACAGUCUAUGGUUCAUUUGGCGUCUUUUGAAAGAUGAACAAUAACAUACUGUGUAUCCCAUCAUAUCCAAGACUUUAAUGUUGCUUCAUAUUGCCCAGUGGAAAUAAUAAUGGAUUUUCAAGUUCUCAUAUAAUAUAAGGCUUAGGCAGGGUACUGGCCCUCCUUAAAGAGGA